CCAAGGCAUUCCUUGCUCACAAUGUAUAGAACAAAAGUCAGUUUGAAAGACCGUCAGCAACUUUAUAAACUGAUAAUUAGUCAGCUGCUAUAUGAUGGAUACAUAAAUAUUGCCAAUGGCUUGAUAAAUGAGAUAAAACCACAAUCAGUCUGUGCACCAUCUGAACAACUCCUGCACCUAAUUAAGUUAGGAAUGGAGAACGAUGACAGUGCUGUUCAAUAUGCAAUUGGGCGGUCAGAUACGGUAGCUCCAGGCACAGGAAUUGACUUGGAAUUUGAUGCAGAUGUACAGACCAUGUCUCCUGAGGCUUCCGAAUACGAGACUUGUUAUGUCACAUCUCAUAAAGGACCAUGUCGUGUAGCUACGUAUAGCAGAGACGGACAAUUAAUAGCUACAGGAUCUGCUGAUGCUUCAAUAAAAAUUCUUGAUACAGAGAGAAUGUUGGCCAAAAGUGCUAUGCCUAUUGAGGUCAUGAUGAACGAGACAGCACAGCAGAACAUGGAAAAUCACCCUGUUAUUCGGACUCUAUAUGAUCAUGUGGAUGAAGUUACGUGUUUAGCUUUUCAUCCAACAGAACAGAUCCUAGCAUCUGGCUCAAGGGACUACACGCUUAAAUUGUUUGAUUAUUCAAAACCUUCUGCCAAAAGAGCCUUCAAAUAUAUACAGGAAGCAGAGAUGUUGCGCUCAAUUUCUUUUCACCCUUCUGGAGAUUUCAUCCUUGUUGGUACCCAGCACCCUACUUUACGACUGUAUGAUAUCAAUACUUUCCAGUGUUUUGUGUCUUGCAAUCCUCAAGAUCAGCAUACUGAUGCUAUAUGUUCAGUAAAUUACAACGCAAGUGCAAACAUGUAUGUGACAGGAAGCAAGGAUGGGUGCAUCAAACUGUGGGAUGGUGUUUCGAAUCGCUGUAUCACUACGUUUGAGAAGGCACAUGAUGGAGCUGAAGUCUGUUCUGCUAUUUUCUCCAAAAAUUCAAAGUAUAUCUUGUCAAGUGGAAAAGACUCUGUAGCUAAACUGUGGGAGAUAUCCACUGGUCGAACAUUGGUCAAAUACACAGGAGCUGGUUUGAGUGGACGACAAGUACACAGGACACAAGCCGUCUUCAACCACACAGAAGAUUAUGUGCUGCUUCCAGAUGAAAGGACCAUAAGUCUCUGCUGCUGGGAUUCAAGAACUGCUGAACGGAGAAAUCUGCUUUCUCUUGGGCACAACAGCAUUGUCCGUUGUAUCGUCCAUUCUCCUACCAAUCCUGGCUUCAUGACCUGCAGUGAUGACUACAGGGCUAGAUUUUGGUACAGAAGGUCAACGACAGACUAAGGACAGCUUUAUAAAACAGUGAUUAUCCAGAUUCAUUAUAUCAUCUUGUAUUGAUUGUACUGCCAACAGCUGCCUAGAUGAAAGCCGUGCUGUGUCUGUUUUUUAAUUCUGUCAAACAUGGCAGAAAAGUAUCAAAAUACUGAGACUGAAGUUUUGCCCCACGCUAAUUUUUUUUAUUAGUGUGUGUGGCAUCAAUUUUUGUAAGUCAUCUCUAAUUGUACUCAAGGAGUGUGGGGGGAGAAUAAAAUGAACCUUGCAGGAAGGAUUAAACUUGUUCUCCUGUCUUUCUAAAUCCUGCGGCAGAUAAUGUGACUGUAUCUUGCUCAAACUGGGCAGUGUGAGCCAGUUUUGCUCUGCAUUGUAUCUGUGCAAUGCCACUGAAGUCGGUUUAAAGAAUGGGUUACAUAAGAAACAGCAGAACUUGGCAAAUAUUUUAAUGAAGCCUUAAGCUGCCGUCAGUUCUGAUUCA